AUGCAGAGAAUUCAAGUGAGAUACAAUGACAAGAAAAAUCAUACUAAUGAUUUUAGCUUGGAAUUAAAUCUUGAUGCUAUAGUCUCACAUAUACCUGGCACUUUCUGGUGGUACGAUUCAAACUUUGUGGAAUCUACACAAAUUGUCAAGAGGUAUUAUUGGCUUAAAAUUCCUGACCAUGCAUUGUCCGGUGCCAAUGAACAUACAAAUGUCCACUCAGAAAGGUUGUUAGCCAAACUAAUGGUACUUCACUAUAAUGAGUCAAUAAAUAUUUUAGGCAUUGAACUUACACCAAAAAAUAUCGAUCAAGUAAUAUGUAUUGACAGUUAUGUCCCAGAGAAUGGAGGACAUUGGAAAAUUUUAUGGCAUGAUUUACGACAACAGCUUCGAUUUGGCAUUUCACUAGAAGAUAAAUGUACGCAAAUGGUGUCAGAAAAACCUAUGCAACUAGGACCUGGUUUACGUCUUAUUGGCUGGGUAUCAGGUCAUUCAUAUUCUACCAACGCUAACGAUGAUACAGUACCCGGUGCAGAGACGUACAACUGGUGUUUUCUUAUUCCUAUAAAAUUAGACAAUCUACACAAUGUGACAGUGUUUUUAUUACUACCACCAGAAACCAAGGCUGUGACAAAUACACCACCUACGCAAUUGCUUGAAUCAACACGAUUGGGUGAAGUUGGCGAAUAUAUAAACCAACUAAAUACUAGUAAAUACGAAGUCUUAAAAACAAAACGUGCCGAUAUUAAUCACUUCAAACAGUUACAACAAACUAAAACCUUUGAUUUUACCACUAGUAAUAAUAAUAAUAAUAGUAUUUUCUUCACUUCGAGUCUAUUUGGAUCUAAAACUCGAUUGGCUAUAAUUACUCAACCUUAUAACUUCCAAGAGCAAUUAUACAUCCAUUCUAUGGAAUUGGACUCAGUCUGUUCAUUAGAUUCACUAGAUUAUCGCUGUCGAGCAGUUGAUAAUCGAAAAUUCAAUCAAUACACAUACAUUAAGACACAAAAUGGUAGACCAGUGUAUAGAAAUGGAGCUUAUAUUUCAGAGGCAAGAAAAAGUUGUCAAGAAGAACCAAUAGAAUAUGAUAAUGAUGAUAAACACUUUGAUGAUCAACCAUUUAUUAUUGAUCAUAUUAAAAAUAUGAAUUUAAAUGAACGACAUUUUGUUUCGUGUAUAAAGCACCAUGUGACGAUAAGUUAUGAUUCUACUAAGUUGUCCAUGGAUAAAGAUGUGAAUAGAUUAGAUGCCAAAUGUUACACUGAAAUAUAUCCGCUUGAAGAAUUGGAAGUUGUUUGUUCCAAGCAAACUAUCCCUCCUCCAUGGUUAUCUGGAGUGAAUAAAUCAGGCAAUACAUCACAUACAAAUAAUAGUCAAAGUGAAUCUGAUCAGUCUGCUGUAUUCACAAGUUCCGAUUUAUCGAUAAGUAUGAUUGAACCAGAUGAAAUUCAUAUACGUUCAUCAAAAAUUGAUGGGAAACAAAAUAUACCAGAUAGUUUAACAGUUAACUCUGUAUUCUCCAAUCCUACAGAAGAAUAUGAAAAUCGGACUAAUUUAUUGACUAAUUUAUUAGGAGAAAUAAAUCUACUCUCACAGAUAGUUUUAAAUUCACAACAUGAAAAUCAAGCACAAAUUUAUGAUAUUCAUGAAGUAUGCAAGCGUAUACUACAAGGAUUGACAGAUUUAUUAAAUGAAGAAGAGGAUGAAGAAGACAUUUGUGAUCAAGAGUUUACAUUUUCAUCACAUCAGUUGAUUGAACCAAAGGAACCAAUACAUGGGACUUCACUGAAUGGUGCAAAUGUUAAUGUUAACAAACAAAACGUUACUUCGGCCAUAUGUGUCCCACUGCCAGCUGCGUGUCGUGUGAAGUCGCCAAUACGAUUAUUGGUCUUCUACUUUGAAAUAUUAUCGGAGUUGAUGGAGUUGAAAGAUCAUGAAAACAAGUGUUUAGAAGAUAAUCAAGAAGAUUUAUCCACUUUGAUGGAUAUAUCAGCUGGCAUUCUUCGUCUUUUGGAUGUGGGUGAUAGUAAUGAUAAAAAUAUUAAUGAUACUGACAGCACUAGAGGUAACGCAGGCAGUACUACUAAUUUGUCAGUCUACACAACCUGUGAAACUGCUCUGCAUACGUUAAUUCGAUUACAAGAUGCAUGGAUUGCAGCACCAGUUCUAGUCGAAAUGCUAAGCACAACGAAAUGCAGUCAGUCUACUGAUGAUGGUGGUGGUGGUGUUGUAAGCCAUAGUGUAGAAAUGCAUGAAACAGUUAAACUCUACCUGACUCGUAUUCAAUCUGCUCUGAAUAAGCAAAGAUGUGAGCUGAAAAAUAUAAUUUCAAAAGAUUUAUGCACAUUUCUGAACAGGUCUGCUGAUGCCACUGCAGGAGAAGGCGAAAAUUCAGUCGAAAGCUUUGAAAACUUGUGUAAGCUUGUGGUCGACAGUUCACUUGCCAAUGGAUUGGAAUCAGAAAAAGAAUUAUUCCAUUCGGUCAAAUAUGAUGUGAACGAGCUGUUUAAAAGAGUCUCUAAAGAAUGGGAUGAUCUUCCUUUCCCAAUUGUCGAUUUAUGGAAGAAACAAAGAAAGGUGGUAUGUGUUACGAAUGAUUCAGAUAGUACUGAAUAUCAAGAGGAGUUAAAUACCACUUGGAAAUUACUACCUAAUAUGAAUGAUAAUCAAAAUUGGGAACAAUUUUAUAGAUGUAUUAAAUUUCAUGUGGAAUGCCUUACCAAUUAUUUGAAUGAAAUGAAAUGUUUCAUUACUGUUGCUGAUACGACAAAAAUAGUAUCAUCGUCAUUGUCUGCAACAACCGAUAUUACUUAUGCCAAUACUGGUCAAACUUUGAACUAUCCUGUUGUGCAUUUAUUAGAGUCAAGUAAAACAGAUUUAUUGAAUACUGAUUGGCAGCAGAGUCAAUUAAAUCAUAUUGAAAACGAACGUGAAAUUUUGCAGAGUAAUUUCAAUGAACUUAGUGUUCUGGCCGACUUCCUCAACGUCUUAUUAUUGUCACCUCUGUCCGCGUCAUCGUCAUCUAGUACAGUCUUGAUAAUAAACGAUGGAAAAAAACGAAAGCAAUGGUUAGAAUUGAUCAACCAAAUGCGAUUAAUUUCAUCUCGUGCAUUUGAACAAUAUACCUGUCUUGGAUUUUUAAAGCAGAUUAUUCGAAGACCUGGAGGACUGCUUGAUCUAUCAAAUUUCAUAACAGAACUACUGAAUCGCUUAUUGGUUGGUUCCCAGUCACACAAUUGGAGCGAAUCAGAAUUGUACUCUUACGAAAUAGCCAUACGUCAUUUAAGUCAUCAAAUAUGGAUUGAAUCAGCUACAAUUAAUGAUUUAACCGCUGAACACUCUAAAAAAACCGAGAAUAUGAGUAUAAACAAUUUCCUGGAAGCAUGGAUUUAUCGUAUACAAGAAACCUAUCGCCUUGUGAUUGACCAAUGGACUGACAAGAUGGAUCAAUUUCAAAAUAGUUUACACGUUAUUGUAAUUGAUCAGUGGUGUGAUUAUACUACCAAUUGUAUUAAUGAAUUUAAAUCAUCUGAAAUUUUCCAGAAUGAACACUCUUCUACUCCCUCUUCUUAUUCCUCAUCUAUGCACGAUCAUCAACACUCACAAGAAAGACAACAGCAACAAAUCAAUGAGGCUUCCAAGAAAAAAAAUCAUUUUGCCUUACUUUGGUCUUUGUUGUGUGAUGCAGAAAUGAUUCAAGAGAAAUGUAGUAUUCAUCUAGAAAAAUGUUCUUCAAAAGGUAUGCGAUUUAUGCAGAUUUUACGGGAACUGAAACAGCAUUUGAAUGAGCAUAUUAAAGUGUUCGCCUCAUCAUCAUCAUCAUCUGCUGUUCCACAGUCUACACCUUUUGAUAUUAAUAGUGCUAAUAUAUCACAUCUUGUACAACAACUGGAGUAUAGUCUACAUUCUCUUCCUGGUCACUAUCGUAUAUUCUGGUUGGAAUUGCCUACUGACACUGGGAUUAUCACACACCAAUCUGAUCAACUACGUGUAACUCUACAAGAUUUGAGAUAUCUACACAACUUAUGUGAACGUAACUGUAUGCUGUGUAAGCAAUCUUUAAGUCUGUUACACAAGUUAAGCCUAUCCAGCUUAGAUCAACAUGGAUCAGAAGUUGUAAAGAACAUGCUUCAAUUGUUGAAUACAUGGAACUAUGGUUACUUUAUUAUUCGUCAAUCAUUGGAACGUGUUAUUCGAGCUGGAGAAGUUGUUGAGUCUGAAAGAUAUCCAUUGAGAACACUUAAUGCCAGUGAAUUACGUUCAGAAGCAAUUCAAAUGCUAAAACAGAAACAAGCUUUUAUUGAAGCAGUACAAUUCGGUUUAGAGACUAUACGAUUACAGAUGAAAUCAACAUCAAUCAAAUUGCAUGAAUAUGAUUCAACUUCUAAAGUGAUCAACCUCAAGACUAAGUAUCAAACUUUACUUGAACUUCUAAAAACUUUAUAUCAUAAUAUAUUAGAUGAUGAUAGAUUGAAAACAACUAGAACAAAUGAAAUCCCUGAUAAUGAUUUCAAUUGUCUAGUGAUUGUUAGAACAAAUCAAGCUAUUGAAUUAUGUCAAUUAUGUCGAAAAAUUGAUCAAACUAAUUGGAUUAUUUCAUGGAAAGGUUUCAAUGAAUUCACAAAUGAAGCAACUAUAAACGAGCAAGGGAAUUCAAAACGAUGGAUUAUGUAUUUUUUGCAUCAUUUAUAUACUUUUUCAUCAAGAAUAAACUUGGAUGAAAUGUACUUAUGUCAGAUAAAUCAAUUGGAAACGACUAUGCAUGAAUGGUCAGAAUGGAUAAAAAAGUAUGUUUGGCCAUUACCAUUCCCAUAUCCAAAAAAUUAUUCAUGGACACCAAUUACUAUUACUACUAUUCCAUUAAUAAUGAAUAUUUUAUCUCAACAUAUUGAAUAUGAAAAAUCGCUUAAAAUGGAUUGUCAAAAUUUGACAUCAAAAAUCAAUCAUAAAUUAAUGAAUUUAUCUAAUUUUUAUCAAAAUAAUAUUAAAAAUAAACUUUUAUUCAAUUAUAAAAAUGAUGAUGAAGGGAAAAGUGGAGGUAGUUUAAGAAAUGAUAGGAGAUUGGAGAAUUCAAUGGAAUUAUUGGAUGUCAAUUAUCCGAAUGUAUUUUUAAAUGAAAUUCAUAAUCUCUGCCAAUCGACAUCAUUACAACCAUCUAGAACAUUUUUAACAAUUAUUAAUUCAAAUGAAAGUAAACAAAUGAUUUGUCAAUGUAGUAUUUUACAACAAAUAAUUGAAAAUCGUCUUUUGAAAAUUCAAUCACGUCUUGUCUAUAGUGACCAUUUAACUUUAGUUAUGAUUGAACAGAUAUUAUUCGAUUUGUUUGAGAUUAAAUUCCCUAACCAGAAGAUUCUGACAGGUGAUUCCAAAUCGGACAAACUAUGGAUGAACAUUUACAAUCAAUGUAUGAAAUAUGUACGAAAUGGUUUUUUGAAAUGUUUUUGCAAUAUGCUAACCACUGACUUGAAUUCAAUAACAUCCACAACAGCUACUUCACAAUAUUCCAAUGAGUUUGAUAUCCCAGGCAGUAUAAGUUUCAGUGAACGUUGGCAUAAUAAAUUGGAAGUUGAUAAAUUAUUCCGAAAUUCAUCUGAAUCAGAGAAACAGCUCUUGUUCUUUAACCAUCUGCUUGUUUUGUUCAACUUAUAUGAUACAUGGCAGAACAUUGUGAAACUUGCUGGGUCUAUUAUGAGUUCCAAGAAGUCAUCGGUUUACAAUCCUAUACUAUUACACUGGGUACUAACUACACGACCUAAAGUUGUGGAGUCUAUUCUCUCCUACUCUACACAUAAAAUAUCAUAUACUUAUCAAUGUAGUCAAUGUGUCUGUAAGGGAGUACAUGAAAUAUUGUUCUCCAUUGAUGAAGCUGAAUUGAAUAAUCUGUUUCGAAAAUUUGCCAGUCACUCCGGUUGUAUCGAUUAUCUUCUCAUGGAGUCUAUACAAAAUCUCAGUGAUAAAAUCACUUAUUGUAUACAGAAAAUUGAUAAUCAUCAUAUACAAGUUGGAAAUCUUCUACGAUUAAAACCUACUGAUGAUCAAGAUGAUGGAAUGAUGAAUGUUUUAUUGAAAGGUAUUGAUUCUAUUAGACCAAAUGAUUUGAAAACAUUGAACUUGCGACAAACUUUAUCUCGUUGGCAUGAGAUUCUUAUGAGUAAACUUGAGUGUGGUCGAAAAUUCAAAAACGUGUUAGCUAAUUGCGCAGAAAAAUUCAACUCUCUCAUCUCCAAUGUGCAGACUGCUGAUAAUAUGGAAACGACUGAUUGUGUAGAGAUUGAGAAACGUCUAUUGCAUUUACAAGUAAUCAAAGAUGAAACCAAUAAAAUACUCCAUGACCUUCAAACUAUUGAAUUUCGAACAUCUAUUAGUCAUUCGAUAAAUUUCAUCAAUCUUGUCAAUUUAAUAAUAGUAUUACGUCAACAAGACAUUGUUCAGCAUAUAUUAGACAGUCGUUUGAAAUACUAUCUAUCAGAAUUACAGAAUCCUUCAACAAUACAUCGACGUAUAGUACACCUGUUUAAACUUGGCAGAGACAAUUGUCAACAAAUAACAAAUAAAUUGAUUUGUUUAUUGAAUUUUACAAGAUCAAUAAAUGAUACAACCUACCGUAUCAAUGAUGACAAUAAGGAAUCUAUGGACUGUGAGUAUUUGGAGAAACCACUGUUUAAAAUGCACAUGAAGUCACCAGAACAUGGUGCAUUAGAGCAGCUGUUUCUUAAACUUUCACUAGUUGACAAAUAUUGUACUGAAGCUCAAGAAUAUCUUCGUCAACAGUUCACUUGGUUCCCUUUGAAAUCUGGAAUGUUCAGCAAUCAACAUGAACAAAUGAUUGGUUCUAGUGGAUCUGAGGUGUAUCUUAAUGAAUUGACUAAUCAACUUGUCAUAUCGUUAUUGUGUCCUUCUGUAGUUAAAACGAAGAUUGAAGCUUUGAUUGGCGAAUCUGAGAAGUUGAGAAAUAUCCUUUCUGCAUUUGCGGAUAGUAUCAAUGAAAUGAGCGCAUUUCGAGAUCAAUUGUGUAUUGCUAUUCCACAAUUAACUGGCUAUCAUCUAACUAAUUUGACUAAGGCGGUAGAUGAACUUGAACUUUGGGCUAGCAGUAAUUUAAAUGAAUCACAUUUUCCAACAGAUCCUGUUGAAAAAAGACAUCCUCAACUUGGUGCUCAAUUGAAGCAUGCUGGUCAGCGAUUAAUGGAGUUGGAAACGUGUUUGGAGCAUAGUCGUGAAGCUGCCAGUAUUCUUGUGUUCUUUGAACUUGAGCCUCGAUUUUGGUCUUCACCAUUGUCAUCGACAUCUGGUAAACAUGAUUCUAGUCAAGAGAUUACAAAAAAGCGUGGUCAACUCAUACAGACAGAGUUUGAAAAUUCUCUGGUAGCUAUUAAACUGCGUACAGCAUGGGUGAAGUUAACACAGUUAGGUGAUCGUCUUGGCCGAAUACAAGCUGGGUUACCUGUUAGACCUACUCAAGAAAACGAAACAGAGCUACGGAUAAAUAAUGUCUCCCCAUCACCAUUGAGAUAUCCACAAACCAACCCAACAUUGGAUAACUGUGGAGUACCGAUUUCACCACCGUUGCUACCUCCACGUCCUUCUCCUCACCUAAUUCAUCAUUACUCUUCAAUGCAGUCUCAGUCAAAUAUGCCGACACAGCUGAGAAGUAGGUUGAUAAAAGAUGAAACGAAACGAACGGCUAAGUGGAAUCGAGAUGAUAAUGAAGCAGUUAUUGAGUCUGCUCCACGUAAUAUCAUAAGUGCAGAGAAGCUGCGUCGUAGACAAACUAACCUACGUGAUGCACUUGGAUCACAUAUGUGUGUUUAUCCUGAUUGUAAAGCCUCUAGAGACGAAUGCUUAUCUAUGCAUGGACAUCAAUCUGAAAAGCAGCUAAAUAUUGAAAACAGAACUGAAUGGAUAUUUAAAAAGGUGAUAAGUUUGCAUACCUAUCUACAAAAGGAUUAUAAUGAGUCUUAUCAUUAUCAAGCAUAUCAGCGAAGAAUGUGUUCAAUAUCCAAGAAUGAAUUAAGUCGUCUAGUUAGAUAUUCAUGUCGACUUCGAUGGCAUAACUCCUAUACUUUGCAGUCAGAAUACCAACAGUUGAAGGUCUUUAUUGAUGAAUUACUAAACUCAGAAUAUCCUGAAGUCACUAAACUACAAGAAUGCUUCAAAUCUUUAGAAGAGUUAUGGUUUGGUACUGUGAAGUCUCAAGAAAACUUGAACAAGUAUGUUGGCGAUUCUGCAUCACCUUCAAGUUUGUCACUUUCACCUAAUAGAAAUGAUCACAAUUCUAUUGAAUCAAUCUACGAAGAUAUGCGGAGUAGUAAUAUCCAACCACAUCAGUAUACCUUUCGUGACGUUACCGUUUCUCAUCCACCUCUCCCCCCACUUUCUAAGGGUGCAUCAGAAAUUCCACACGACUAUUCAGUAUCAAAUACUCAAACGUUUGUCAUUCGUUUAAGGAUGAAGUGGGCAAUCGACUGGAUGUAG